AAUCGCGAAUAAGAUAAUGAUUCAGCUGACGUAUGUGAAGGCAUUGUUAAGCUUAACGAAAGCCAACAAUCACAAUUAGAAAAACUCCUUGAAAAUAAAAUUAAAAUCGAUUCGGGAAAAGAACAUAGGGCAACUCAUCCCACGAAACACAAAAUUGAUGUUCAAGGCUACGAUCCCAUAAAAAAGCGAUACUACUACGUGAGGCCUAAAAUCAAAGAAAUAAUUUAUCAAACAGUAGAUAAAUUAUUGGAUCAAGAUAUAAUAGAACCCUCUUGUUCCGAUUGGUUGAACCCUAUAGUCAUGUUUAAAAAACCGGGUAAGGAUUAUAGAUUUUGCCUAGAUUUUAGGAAAGUAAAUAACAUCACAAAAAAAGACUUAUACCCAAUUCCACUCAUGACAGAAAUAUUGGACACUUUAAGAUCAGCAAAAUUCAUUUCAAAAAUUGAUUUAAAAUUAGCGUAUUUACAAAUUCCAUUAGAAGAAAGCUCAAAUCCUAUAACAGCAUUCACAGUACCUGGAAAGGGCAUGUACCAAUUUAAAAGGAUGCCAUUUGGUUAAACAAAUGCUCCAGCUACUUCCAGAGACUGAUGGAUAAAAUCAUAACCCCAGAUUUAAACCCAAACGUUUUUUGUUAUUUAGACGACAUUGUUAUAGUAACUCAAAAUUUCGAUGACCAUUUAAAAUACUUGAACAUUGUACUAGAUAAAAUAAAUGAUGCAAAUUUAACGAUCAGUGUGGACAAAUGUGAAUUCGGCUGCUCAGAAAUCAAAUAUUGGGCACUGGAACUUCUCGAAUAUGACUACGAAGUCAUUUACCGAAAAGGGAGUUCAAAUCUCGUCCCUGAUCCUCUUUCGAGAUCAGGAGAACCAGUAAAAAAUAUAGCGUUUGUAUUAGUAUAUAGCAUAGAAAAACCAAAAGCAGGCAUUAUCGACAAAACAAAAAUAAGACAGGUUGCAAAAAGACCGGAAGAACACGAAAUAUGGUAAAUCGGAGAUUCGCAAAUCUAUUUUUACAGAACAGGCUCACUGAAGUCUAAUCUUUUAUCAGGCUUUAACCCAUGGAAACUCGUCGUACCUAAAAAAUUACGAACACAGGGUUUGAAAGAAAAUCACGAUAACAUACAAGCAGGGCACUUGGCUCCGAAAAAAACGCACGCGAGAAUUUCCGAGUACUACUUCUGGCCAGGGAUGUAUUCCGAAAUAAUCAAGUACGUGAAAAAUUGCGAAAUAUGUCAAAUAACCAAACCGAGUAACCAACCAAAAUUAGAGCUAAUGGGGAACCCUUUACCGAUUACAAAAAAGAGAAAAAACCAGUAUAUCUUAGUAUUUGUAGAUUUAUUCACAAAAUGGGUAGAAAUUAUUUCAUUUAAAUAAGCCAAUGGAAUAACAAUAUAGUCGGAAUUUCACAAACGUGUAAUUUCGCGUUGGAGAACACCGCGGAUUCUCCACACCGACAAUGGCAUCGAAUUCAUAAAUAAAACAAUUAGAGAAUUAACCGAAAAAUUCGGAAUUAAACAUUAAAGAACCCCUAAAUACUACCCUCAAGCGAACCCAACAGAACGCUAUAACAGAACUAUUAAACAAAUAAUUAAAACCUACCUAGAUAAUGAUCACUCCACCUGGGACGAAUACAUAGACGAUUUGCAGUUCGUGAUUAAUACUAGAAAAAACUCGUUAACACAAGUCACCCCAGCAUUCUUAAACUUAGGUCGCGAAUUAGAACCACUAUAGUCCUUAAGAAAAAAUUAUGAAAACGACAACGAUAUAGAGUUCCAAAGCGUUGAUAAAUGGACUGAUAGACUAAAAAAAAAUACAAAUAAUAAAAGAAGAAGUUCAGAAAAAUUUAGACAAAGCAAACAAAAGACAAGCUAAUGGUUACAAUUUAAGAAGAAGAUAGGUAGAAUUUAAAAUAGGAGAUAUGGUUUUAAAAAGGGUAACCAAAUUAUCAAAUAAAGCGGAUAAAAAAUCAGGUAAAUUAUAUGACCAAUACGAAGGCCCCUUCAUAAUCAAAAAGAACAUUUCCCCAGCCAUGUACGAAUUAAAAACCCCAAAAGGAAGAAGCAUUAGGAAAUGGAAUAUCAAUGAUUUCAAAUUAGAAAAAACCGAAACAGAAAUUGCUUGAUGGAAAAGUAGAAACACUAAGAAACUUGGGUUAAGAUAGUUUCACUCAGAGUGGCAAGUGGCGGAGGAUCGAUGGCAUUUAGAAUAAAAACUAACUCAUAACUCCAAAUCCAAAAUCGACCCAAUUGACCCACGAUACUCUAACUUACUAGAUACUAAGAACAAAUUAGACAAUACGGACUUCCACUUUUCAGAAAAUGAAAAACUCAACACGUUGCCAACUGUGCCAAAAAGUGUUGGACGGACACAACAUCCAAGGAUCCGGAGUGCCAUAGAAAGGAAUUCGCUACUACCCCCACUGACACGUGAGGAAGCUAAUUACACCAAACAAAACCAUAGCCGAUUCACCAGAAGUACCAACAGUAACUGGCGCGGAACCUGAAGAUGAAGAGUCAGUAGGCGGAGACGUAACCCCGCCAACCAAUAAAAAUUGGAGGCUAGAGGAGUACGAAGAAGAAAAAAUUAACCACUGUUACUCUCUAUUCGAAGGCUACGAGGAAGGUUAUAUGAAAGAGAAACCCAGGACACAAAAAGAAGAAAUACAAGAAUAUGACCUAAAGGAAAAAAUGAUAAAAUUAAGUUUAAAAUUCGAAAGGGAAGCUUAUCACCACAGCCUGCAAGAAAGCAAAGAUUUUUAAGAACAAAUGAAAAAACUAAGAGAAGAAGCAGAAGAACAAAACAGACUUUUAGGAGAAAAAUUGGAACAAAAGGCGCGUGCUUCAUGGGAACUAACAUCUAAAACGAGAAAUAAGAACAUAGAAAAACAACAGGAGAAGGAUACUAGAAAAGAAGACAAAAAGGGGAUUUGGAACCUGGAAGAAGAUAGAAAAAUCCAAGCACGAAGAAUGAUAAUCAGAGCUUCCUUCCAUCAUGGCCAAAGCGAAGAAGAAAAGGAAAAGGUUGACGAGGAAUGGAAGAGGCUGCGAGAAAAAAAACGAUAGAUAUAAACAGAAAAAAACCAUCAAAAGACCAAUAAGGAAUAAAAAUUUUUUCACUUCAGGUCGUUAUCCAUAAAAUAUACACGCGUAGACAUACUCAUAUACAUAUAUUACCAAAAAUAAUUAUGACAUGUAUGCAUAUCCACAGUCGGAGUCACAUAAAACCCGUCUCCGUAUUACUUCUUCUGUAACGAUUGACAUUUAAUGGUAGGCUAUAUACUUGAAAGACGGGAAACGCCAGAAACUUCGAAUAAUAAAAACAAAACAAAAAUAAUAAAAAAUUAAAAAAGAAAAGAAAAGACCACCUUACUUACUCACAACUCCAAACAACAACACUUUUUUUUUAAAUAUGUUACAGGAACUAGGAAAACAUGGAGGAGAACUGGGACAAGAAAGUCAUCGAAAGCACCACACUCCUGCAAAAUAACUUAAAAGAACACUUUGACAAUUUUAAUUGCCAGUUUUGUAACAAACUCAUUACCAAACCGAUUUAUUUAAUUCACGACUCUUUUUGCAAUAGUAGACCCUUCAGGUACAGACAAAACUACUCGACUCUAAAAGAUGACGGAAAAAUAUACGUACAAGGGGAUUGGGAGUAUAUUAAUAGAAAAAUACAAUACCUACUUGAAAUUAACACUAGUUUAGCAAAUUUGGAAACAGGAAUAAGAGAUAAUACUUUGGAACUGGGUAUACACAUAAACACAAACCAUACAAGAAUUUGACAGAGAACUUAACCAAACUAUAGUCAUAUACCCGAACCCCCGCGGGGGAGGGGGGUGUAACAUAAGUGUUACCAUACAAUGGGACUCGAUACGGCCCUGCACGAGGGGUUUGCCGAGUCGUACCCGAGAUUAGGCGGAAUUCCCCGAGGGGUCCCGAGGUCCCGCACGAUCGCUCUUGUAUCAUUAGUCUGUGCUCGUUCGCCAAAGUGUUCUCCGGUUUUUCUUUCGUGCUAUUGCCAGUGUUUGACGCCCCAAGAGUCUCCACGCGCCUCCCGACAUGGGUCAUCACCAAGUUCGACUGAGGAUCCCUCCCUACAAUCCGACCACCGUCACGAUCAACUGAAACCUUUCCGAGGACCGAUAGCUUGCCGAUCACCCUCUGCCAUCCGAAUCGCUAGCACCCUGCCACGGUCUAUCGGCACUGCGACUAAUGAGCAGCACCACUGCCACGAUGCUCUCUCACUGACGUCUGAAAAUCAAUAACUGAGAAUCAAGUGAAAGUUUAAAAGGCAAACCAGCUAUAAACAAACCUGACAUCAAAAUGAUCUCCAAUCAUUUUUUUGGUGGUUGUUCAAAUUUUAUCGUUAAAUUCUUGAUUUGAUUUUCAUGAAUUUUUUACAUCAACUUCAUUCAACUUAAUUCAUUCAUCCACUUCUUUCUUUGAAAGAAUAUUCAGUUUUGUGGUAACUCCCAUCACUCAGUCUGUGCUCACGG